CGCUCCAGUUUCGUGCGCAUCAGCCGGCAGCGGCGGCACGUCUGUGGGGCGCCCGCGGGGCUCCGGCGGGGACGGGGACAUGCGGGUGCUGGCUUCUUCCCUGCCAGGAGCCUCUGGGGAGGACGGUGAGCUGAAGGAGAGCGGCCAGGAGAACACAGGCAGAUGCUUGUGAGCAUCGGACAGAGCGAGUACCCGUGACCGGUGCAGCGGAGGCCUGAUGUAGAUGCCAACAUGGAUGAAGAGGAAGCUCUCAACUCUAUUAUGAAGGAUCUGGCAGCCCUAGGCAAAUGUGGGGGACUGCUGGACAGCCACAGGAACAAAAACAGCCCUCACUCCAGCAAGCAGCAGCGCAACGCCAGGCUCAAGUUUGAAUAUGACGGGGAGAAAAGGAUUAUCCAGUUUCCAAGACCGGUCAGAUUCAAAGAAGUGCUGCAGAAAGUCAUGGAUGCUUUUGGACAGAUGAUGGAUCUGCACUAUGCCAACAAUGAGCUCCUGAUCCCGCUGAAAUCCCAGGAAGACUUGGACCGAGCGGUGGAACACUUGGACCUGAGCCCCUCUCUGAAGAGCUUGCGGAUCUUUGUGAAGGCGCCAAAGAAAACGAGCUUCCUACAGCCUAACAACAGUAAGCAGCAUGAAAUGAGAAUCUCCAAGUCCAUGGGAGACAUCAUGGGGUCUUUGUAUAAGGACGGCGAGAGGACGCGGAAGUAUUCAACAGGCUCCUUGCACACCGGCCGGAGCUCUCCGCCCCCAGGCAGCGUGCCCGAGGAGCAGCAGCAGAUCGCGCGGCAGGGGUCCUACACGAGCAUUAACAGCGAGGGGGAGUUCAUUCCAGAGAUCACGGACCCGAACAUGCUUGAUGCUUUCUUGAGCCCCGACGAUUCGCUCUCUGGGAGCUGCCAAUCGCUGGACAGAUCUGUGGACAGCCCACCCUACACCCAAACUCCUGUUUCAAGAAGGAAGAGUCAGCCCAAAGAUAGCCUUGACUGCCUGGAUUUUGAUAUUCCAUUUUGUGAAAGAUUUGGAAAAGGUGGCACUUUCCCUAGGCAAUACCACCUCUCCCAGAGCCGCAAGGACUACAGUGAUGGCCGAAGGACUUUCCCGAGGAGCUACAUCCCCCAGGAGACCCUGUUCCAGCUUGUCCCCUCCAGCAGGACAAAGAGCUUUAAUGGGGACAGCAAGCUGAGCACCUUACAGUACGAGGAGCACAGGACCAAGCGCUGGAACAACUGUGAAAAGGGUUUGCAUGUCUUCAGCACAUCCCCCACGAAGUCCAGAAACUCCCUGCAGGCUCCUGUGAACUGGAGACUGGGGAAGCUCCUUGGCAGAGGUGCCUUUGGGGAGGUUUACCUCUGCUAUGAUGCCGACACAGGCAGGGAGCUGUCAGUGAAGCAGGUGCCAUUUGAUCCGGACAGUCAAGAGACAAGCAAGGAGGUGAAUGCCUUGGAGUGUGAGAUCCAGCUGUUAAAGACCCUCCGCCAUGAGAGAAUAGUCCAGUAUUACGGUUGUUUGCGUGACACAGAAGAAAGGAAAUUGUCCAUCUUCGUGGAAUACAUGCCAGGGGGUUCCAUAAAGGACCAGUUAAAAGCAUAUGGUGCCCUGACCGAGAACGUCACCCGGAAAUACACACGGCAGAUUCUGCAGGGAGUUUCCUACUUGCAUAGCAAUAUGAUUGUGCAUAGGGAUAUUAAAGGUGCCAACAUCUUGAGAAAUUCUGCUGGGAAUGUUAAACUCGGAGACUUUGGGGCCAGCAAACGCAUUCAGACCAUCUGCAUGUCUGGGACAGGAAUCAAAUCUGUCACAGGAACUCCUUACUGGAUGAGCCCAGAGGUGAUCAGUGGAGAAGGCUAUGGAAGGAAAGCAGAUGUGUGGAGCGUGGGCUGCACUGUGGUGGAGAUGCUAACAGAGAAGCCACCGUGGGCAGAAUUUGAAGCCAUGGCAGCCAUUUUCAAAAUUGCCACGCAGCCGACCAAGCCGCAGCUCCCAGACGGCGUCUCAGACUGCUGCCGUAACUUCCUCAAGCAGAUCUUUGUGGAGGAGAAGCGGCGGCCCACAGCAGAGGACCUGCUGAGGCACCCCUUUGUGAGCUGCAGCCUCUAGGCCCUCACGAGGGGAAGGGGAAAUGUGGGCGGAGGAUACGAGGAAAAGGGAAGGGAAACAAAACAGACCCAUGGGCUUAUGCACUCUGAAAACCCAGCCCUCAGCCUCCUGUUUGUGUUGCUCCAGGUCCCCUCGGUCUGAGGUCGCAUGAUCAAUCACACCUCACGGUCAGCAAGGGGACCAGUUUCUAAACUGCACUUAUGCACCAGCUGGCUGUGGAGAACAGCUGUCACCAUGACUUGGGCUAGAAGCAGUUCAAAAUUAGGGGUUGCCCUCGUGACACAUCGGUGGUCGGGUGAACCACAGACUGAGUAGCCCUGUUGCCAGUGGGUGUGUGGUGGCACAGAGGAGCUCGGGAUGGCAAGCAGUCAUCAUGUCACCUGUCCCCAAGGCAUGAAGUGGACCGGAUCUACCACCCCUCGCUGGGCCACUCUGAAAGGAGCACCACCAGCCACAUCCUUGAGGGCAGCCGUCACUGUCUCAGCAGAGAAAAAAGGGUGCCCCAUAAUAGUCGCUGCAGGACUCGGGCGUGAAGCAGACCGAGAUGAAUCCAGGACAAGGAACGAUUGGCACGUGUGCCUCAAUGCAUUUGAAGAGGGAAAGGAGUCCUCUUGUGGGAGCUGAAAAUGGGAGGCGGUGGGAAGCCAGUGACCAUAACAGCAUCUCCAGCUCUUCAGAGAGGCCAGACUCGCACUGCUUUGUGCCUUACGUGGUUAUAGUCAAUCAGCGUUACCCUGAUUCACCCCAGCGUGUCCAGUCAAGAUGUGGCUGCCCAAGCAGUCCUGUUGACUCUGCAUUCCCGUGCCUGCAGAACAGCUCAAACGCAAGGCGUUGCUUUUCCCUGGAUGCGGAAAGCCGCCCGUAAGAGACUGAUUGCCAACAGUUGCCAGAGGACAUUGGAUCAUUCGUUGUCCAGCAGACAAGUGGGUCUCAAUGGGACCUGCCGCUCAGUACAAGCCAGUUCUUCAGGGCCUGAUCCUGAAACAAAGGGGGAGGGGACGGGGAUGGGGCAUUUCUUUGAGAGCAGUUGUCCUCUUAUCUUCCUGUCUUUGCCAACCUGUGGCCAGUGCCGUUGUGCUGCUAACAAAGGGUCCAGUGUGCCAGGGACUGAGCACCUGCCGCUGCAUCUUGCAGGACCGGGUCUCAUGACGGUGCAGAAAAGUUGUCUUUUUCCACCCCGCCAUGGAGGAGCAUGAAGGCUCAGCUCCUCCAAGUGAGACAGUGGAGAUGCACACACCAGCUGCAGGCUCAUCCUGCUGGGGAGCGCUUCAUCCUGAGAUGCCCUAGGGGCUUUCAGUGCCUGGGAAUCAGGACGGGCCUUGAUUCCCAGUCUGGCAGAGCCAUGAGUUUGUCAUCUCUGGGCCCCACUCUGCAAACAG